UCCCUAAGCUGGAGUCCAAAAUCCAACAGAAAUUGAGAAAUUCCGUCAAAUUCCUAAGCUGAAGCUCCUCGCGACGUCGCCGGCGAAGACCACUGUUCACUGCCUCCAAGCUCGUCGCCGGCUGCCUGCUCCGCCGCCUCACACGCUAACCGACGAACGCUCGCAAGCAAGCUGCAGCUAUGGCUACCAAACCAAUCGUCAAUGUCGUCGGCCUCUGCGGCUCUCUGCGUAAAGGCUCCUACAAUCGCGGCCUCCUCCGCGCCGCUAUGGAGAUAAGCAAGGAAUCAAUCGAGGGGUUGAAUAUAGAGUACGUGGAUAUAUCGCCGUUACCAUUUCUAAACACUGAUCUUGAGGUUGAUGGAACCUUCCCUCCGGUUGUUGAGGAGUUUCGCCAAAAGAUUCUUCAAGCUGACAGCGUCCUAUUUGCCUCCCCCGAGUACAAUUAUUCUGUUACUGGGCCGUUAAAAAAUGCAAUUGAUUGGGCAUCUCGACCCCCAAAUGUUUGGGCUGAUAAAGCCGCUGCAAUCAUCAGUGCUGGAGGCGGCUUUGGCGGGGGACGAUCACAAUACCACCUCCGGCAGAUAGGCGUCUACCUCGACCUUCAUUUCAUUAACAAGCCUGAAUUUUUCCUUAAUGCUUUCCAGCCUCCUUCCAAGUUUAACAGUGAUGGGGACUUGGUUGAUGCUGAUACCAGGGAGAAAAUAAAGGCUAUUCUUUUAGCCUUGCAGGCAUUUACACUGAGACUCCAAGGUAAGUGCGAAUGAUGUGGGUCUUGGUCUGUAUGAAAUCUAGUUUCUAUGUCUUUGUUGAGAAUCAAUAUAUUCAAUAAUGCUGGAAUGAAUUCUUGGCUAAGAGUGUGCCUUUUUUUUAUUGCCCCCUAAAAGUGUACCUGUUAACUUUGAUGAUCUUCUUGAGGGAGGAAAUGUGCAUCAUUUGUUUUUUUUGAACAAACUAGACUGAUUUGUUUCCAUAUUAUAUUGCACAGUGACAUGUUUUUA